AACAAUUAUUCUUACGUUCCUCCGUCGCAUCGAUCGCCAUGAUUGCUGAUUUCUCUUUCUUCCUCCUCCUCUUCGUCUCCGGUUUCGUUUUCUCUGUUAAUGCCAAAGCGACCAUUUCUAUUUCCCCUAAUGUUCUGAAUCGAUCUGGCGAUUCCGUCGUGAUACAAUGGUCCGGCGUCGACUCUCCUUCCGAUCUCGAUUGGUUAGGACUCUACUCGCCGCCGGAGUCUCCUAAUGAUCACUUUAUUGGUUACAAAUUCCUAAAUGAAUCGUCCACUUGGAAAUCUGGAUUCGGUUCGAUUUCUCUUCCUUUGACCAAUCUCCGAUCAAAUUACACCUUCCGGAUCUUCCGGUGGAGCGAAUCCGAGAUCGAUCCGAAGCAUAAGGAUCAUGAUCAGAAUCCUUUACCAGGAACUAAACAUCUGUUAGCUGAUUCGGAGCAGCUGACUUUCGGAUCCGGUGUUGGUAUGCCGGAGCAGAUCCAUUUGUCGUUCACGAAUAUGGUUAACACGAUGCGUGUUAUGUUUGUAGCUGGAGAUGGAGAAGAACGUUUCGUGAGAUACGGUGAAUCGAAGGAUUUGUUAGGCAAUUCCGCGGCGGCGCGUGGGAUGAGGUACGAGAGAGAGCACAUGUGUAAUUCACCGGCGAAUUCCACUAUUGGAUGGAGAGAUCCUGGUUGGAUUUUUGAUACCGUUAUGAAGAAUUUGAAUGAUGGCGUUAGGUACUAUUAUCAGGUUGGGAGUGAUUCUAAGGGAUGGAGUGAGAUCCAUAGCUAUAUUGCUCGAGAUGUGACUGCAGAAGAAACCGUAGCUUUCAUGUUUGGAGAUAUGGGUUGUGCUACACCAUACACGACAUUUAUCCGCACACAAGAUGAGAGUAUAUCUACAGUGAAGUGGAUCCUCCGUGACAUUGAAGCUCUUGGUGACAAGCCAGCUCUUAUUUCACACAUUGGAGAUAUAAGUUAUGCUCGUGGUUACUCGUGGGUAUGGGAUGAGUUUUUUGCUCAGAUCGAGCCUAUUGCCUCGAAAGUUCCUUACCAUGUCUGCAUUGGUAAUCAUGAGUAUGAUUUCCCUACCCAGCCAUGGAAACCCGAUUGGGCAGCUUCUAUUUAUGGAAACGAUGGUGGUGGCGAAUGCGGUGUGCCGUAUAGUUUGAAGUUCAACAUGCCUGGAAAUUCUUCAGAAUCCACAGGAAUGAAAGCUCCUCCGACAAGGAAUCUUUAUUAUUCUUAUGAUAUGGGAUCGGUCCAUUUCAUUUAUAUCUCCACGGAGACGAAUUUCCUUAAAGAAGGCAGUCAAUAUGAAUUCAUAAAGCGAGAUCUAGAGUCUGUAAACAGGAAGAAAACACCGUUUGUUGUUGUGCAAGGACACAGACCGAUGUACACUACGAGCAACGAGGUUAGAGACACUAUGAUUCGACAAAAGAUGGUUGAGCAUCUAGAACCACUGUUUGUGAACAACAAUGUUACACUUGCUCUAUGGGGACAUGUUCAUAGAUACGAAAGGUUUUGUCCCAUAAGCAACAACACUUGCGGCAAACAGUGGCAAGGAAACCCGGUUCAUCUUGUGAUUGGUAUGGCUGGUCAAGAUUGGCAACCGAUUUGGCAGCCAAGACCAAACCAUCCAGAUCUUCCUAUAUUCCCUCAGCCUGAACAAUCAAUGUAUCGAACCGGUGAAUUUGGAUACACUCGUUUAGUUGCAAACAAAGAAAAGCUCACAGUUUCUUUUGUGGGUAACCACGAUGGCGAAGUUCAUGAUACUGUUGAGAUGUUAGCAUCUGGGGAAGUAAUCAGUGGGAACAAAGAGAGUACUAAAAUCCCAAAUCUGAAAACCGUUCCUGCUUCUGCUACACUUACGGGAAAAUCCGAAUAUAAUGCUUUGUGGUAUGUUAAAGGGGCAGGCUUGAUGGUUGUAGGUGUGCUUUUAGGGUUCAUUAUCGGGUUUGUUACCCGGGGAAAGAAAUCUUCGUCUGGUAACCGUUGGAUCCCAGUCAAGAACGAGGAGACAUAAUAUUGAACUGAGUCUAUUAUUUAGAGGCACGAUUGUAUAGUAUCCUUUUUUCCCACGGUAAGAACCAUGUUUCUUUACAACUACAGUUGGGAAGAUAACGUAAGUUUUUGUACACUAUAAUAAUAGUGAUUCUUGUUACAUAGUAUGAUUCUUGUGUUUAUUGUCUGAAGAGUUUGUGUUUGAAGGGAUUUUGCUGUAAUUACAUUACGUAGUGUAUGAGUAUAUACAUAUAACACUCUGGAAUUGCGGAGGCUAAUCAAUCAAGCAUUGGAAU